AUGACCGGCUUAACUGACCUGCACAGCGAGGAAAUCGAGAUGCGCGCGGUGAAUCAGGGUCAGGCCGCAAGUGAAGAAACGCAGAGUAGUCGUCCAAGCCGGUUCCAACGAUGGAAGAAGUCGGCCUCAGACGUCGUCCUGCGCGUUGACAAUAUUGCGAGCAAGUCACUCAUUGGUCGGCUUUUUCAACUGAAAGGAAGCGGACAUCCGAAGGAGAUCGCAGAUGCGCGUUUGUCGACCGAGAUACGUGCGGGUUUGACGACGUUUGCGACAAUGGCGUAUAUCGUAGCCGUCAAUGCAUCCAUUCUGGCCGAGUCCGGCUAUGGCUGCCCUUGUCACAAGCCGCAUGAUCUCCAGGGAAACUGUGCGAACAUGGCCGAAUGGACAAAAUGCUAUAAUGAGCUCAGACUCGAUCUGGUCACUGCCACCGCUGCAAUCGCCGGCUUCUCGAGCGUCUUGUUCGGCAUUCUCACGAAUCUCCCCGUCGCCCUAGGUCCAGGGAUGGGUCUCAAUGCCUACUUCACCUACCAAGUUGUCGGGGUUAAGGGCGCGGGCUCGAUCAACUAUCGUGUCGCUCUCACGGCUGUCUUCAUGGAGGGCUGGAUCUUCAUGUUCUUGGCUCUGACGGGUUUGCGUCACUGGCUUGUCAAGAUCGUUCCCGGCACCAUCAAGAUUGCGAGUGGCGUGGGCAUCGGCCUGUUUUUGACGCUGAUCGGCAUGUCGUACACUACAGGCAUUGGUCUCGUCACCGGAGGCAUCGUCACACCGCUAACCGUAGGGGGAUGCCCGGUCGAGGACCUCAAUGAGGCAAGAGAGUGCACGUCGGGGAUAAUGUCGAGUCCAAAGAUGUGGCUUGGUAUCAUCGGCGGUGGUCUCCUUACAACAUUCCUCAUGGCCUUCCGGGUCAAAGGAGCCAUCGUCAUUGGCAUUGCCCUAGUUUCGAUCAUCUCAUGGCCACGCAACACCCCUCUGACGUACUUCCCCGACACUCCGGACGGCGACCGACGGUUUGAGUAUUUUUCCAAGGUUGUCAGCAUUCACUCGAUCAAGCACACGCUGCUCCAACAGCAAUGGGACUUGACUGGUUCAUCGGGAGUCCACUUCGCAACCGCCCUGUUCACCUUCCUCUAUGUCGACAUCAUCGACUGCACGGCAACGCUUUACUCGAUGGCGCGGUUCUGCAGCAGAGUGCGCAAGGACGAGUCUGAGUUUCCCCGGUCAACGCUUGCCUUCUGCGCCGAUGCAAUCUGUGUCUCUUUGGGCGCGCUUUUGGGAUGCUCCCCCGUCACGGUUUUCAUCGAGAGCGCUGCUGGAAUCGCAGAGGGAGGUCGUACUGGCCUGACGGCUGUUUUUGCUGGGCUUUGCUUCCUCCUCUCGCUGUUUUUUGCUCCGCUGCUGGCGUCUAUCCCGCCUUGGGCAACUGGGAGCACGCUCAUAUUGGUGGGCUGCAUGAUGAUUCGGCAGGUCACCAAGAUCAACUGGGCCUACAUUGGAGACGCGGUACCGUCGUUUAUCACAUUGGCCUUCAUCCCGUUUAGCUACAGUGUCGCAUAUGGCCUUCUCGCUGGCUUGUUCACCUACACGGUCAUCAACGGGGCUGUCUGGGUCAUUGCCAGGCUCUCUCAAGACGCCGUCGUCCCUGAGAACUACGAUAUGAAGGAGUACUGGACCUGGCGACCUCCCGGAGAGAGGCCGUGGAUCGUCCGGGCCCUCUUCAGGGUUAUUUACUGGUCGAAAUGGCGGAAGGAGCGAAACAUGUCGUUGUCCCUGGCUUCGGGCGAGGAGAAUACGAGCGCUGACAUGUACCGGUCUGACAUGACGUCGAAGGGAACGGAGGAUGGGAAGGACCUUGCUAGGCCGCAGACCCCUCAGCCUCUCCGCCAGAUGCUAUAA